CUAUUGCUGUACUUGUCCGUCGAAUACGAACGGGGCCACCGCCCCCAACACCACGCGAGCCAACUGAGUGGUCACCGGGAAGCGGUGCUUGAACAAACCAGUCCCACACACAGCCGCCUCUAUAGUGCCGACAUACACACUCACUGCACACAAAGGGAAAGAAGAACACUGAUGACAUUUGACCAGCAGUCCCUCUAUAUCACGCCCACCGGUGUUGCCUCGAUCCCAGAUGCUGAUCCAUGCGACGAAGGGGUGGCUGCCGUCGGUAAGCACCAGGCGUCGCCAAUCAUCCCUAUCUAUGGUCGUGCAGCCGGCCACUGGUGUGUGUGGGGACUGCGUCAGCAGAUCGUCCAGACGGCCACCACCGACACCCCUGGACAGACAGACACCAACAAAUGAUUGACAGACACCAACAAAUGGUUGAUGGUAAUGUGCCCGACCCGACCCCAUUGGUGUCAUUGGUGUGUUACCUGUUGAGUGUAGUCGUCGAUGUGCUGUUGUACCGGUGCUUGAGGAAGUGAAGGUCGAAGACCACGCACCUGUCAAAUGACGACACUGACGCAUCGGUGUACUGGCCACCCCAUGAGAUCCACCGGCGACUGAAGAACGAGAAGCACAAGGCGCUCCUGUUCAUUGGUGGGUCGUGUGGCUGUCUGCGCCGCCGGUGCAGGUUGCCGACAGGCAGGGGCGGAUCGAUCGUCAGGCGGAAGCCGGGCUCGUCCUUGAUGGCCCGCACCUCACCGUUGCCGUGGUGGAACAGCUGCAGGCAGCUGCCGUCACUGAAGUGGACGUGGCGGCCGACCAUCUUGAGCUGCGCCAACACACGGGGAGCCGACACAUACGCCUACAUACACGAUCACACACAGAGAGAAUGAGGCCCUCUCCCUCCCCUCCCCUCCCCGCCCCUCUGUUUGCCGGCUCACCGUUUUGUUUGCGUGUGUGAUGAUGUCAGCACCACUGAGGGUCACAGGCAGCUGACAGUUGCCGCACUGCUCCGCCAGCUCAAUCACCUCACCCAUCUCGCCCCAGUCCCCCUCCUCCACUACACACACCGCCGCCAGCAGAUCAUGUGUGCCGAACUGUUCGUCGUCGAACCGCAGCAGCUGCACUUGCUGCCCAUUCACCACCCGCCGCAGCCCCGCCUGUGAGCCCAGCGAGUGGCUGAGCCGAUCUCUCAGCUGGGCCGCUCCGAAGAGCUCUCUGAGCCACGUGCAGGUGGCCCUCAGCCGCACGACGUCCUUGAUGCUGAGGAGGUAGCGGCUCCUCCGGCCGACACACAGGUAUGACACGGGGUGCUGCUGCUGCUCCUGGUGCUGCAU